GUCAGGGGUUGAGCCUGCGCGGCCCGAGGAGGUGGAGAUCGCCGAGAGGGGCGAGCGGCCCGGCGGUUAAUUCCAGCUCGAGCAUCAAAACUAAGAAAAAUAACCAAGGAAUGGCUGUGGAAGAACUUCAGUCCAUAAUAAAGAGAUGUCAAAUCCUAGAAGAGCAAGACUUUAAAGAAGAAGAUUUUGGCCUGUUUCAGUUAGCAGGCCAAAAAUGCAUAGAUGAAGGGCAUAUAGACCAGCUAUUAGAAAUUAUUCAAAAUGAGAAAAAUAAGGUAAUCAUCAAGAAUAUGGGCUGGAAUCUUGUUGGUCCUGUUGUUCGAUGCCUUUUAUGGAAUGAUAAGGAAGAUGAUAAAAAAAAAUAUUUUCUGAUGCUUGAUUUAUUGGUGAAGUUAUGUAAUCCAAAGGAAUUGUUGUUGGGUUUGCUUGAACUGAUUGAAGAGCCUUCUGGAAAACAGAUAUCCCAGAUUAUUCUUCUUUUACUUCAGCCAUUGCAAACAGUGAUUCAGAAUCUUCGUAACAACAAGUCCUAUUCAGUUGGAUUAGCACUAUCUACACUUUGGAGUCAGCUGUCUCUGCUUCCUGUUCCAUACACUAAAGAACAAAUACAAACAGAUGACUAUGGACUUUGUCAGUGUUGCCUGGCUUUAAUAGAGUUCACUAAGCCUUUUGUGGAAGAAGUUGUCAAUGACAAAGAAAACUCACUGGAAAAUGCAAAGUUAAAGGAGGAGUUGCUAAAAUUUUGUUUCAAAAGCUUGAAGUGCCCUCUGCUGACAGCUCAGUUUCUUGAACAGACUGAGGAAGCUGGAAAUGAUCCUUUAAGGUGUUUUGCAUCUGAAAUAAUAGGUUUUUUAUCAGCAAUUGGAUACUCUUUCCCCAAAAUGAUUUCUAAUCAUGGAAGGAAAAAGAGGAUUUGGAAUUAUCUUGAAUUUGAAGAAGAAGAAGACAAACAAUUAGCAGAUGCCAUGGCUUCUCUGGCAUAUCUAGUAUUUGUACAGAGCAUCAGUAUUCAUCAGCUUCCAAUGGUUUUCAGCCCACUGUACCUUUUGCAAUUUAAUAUGGCGCAUAUUGAAGUCUUUUUGCAAAGAACAGAAGAAUCUGUUUUCUCAAAAGGCUUGGAUCUGUUGGAGAAUGGCUUAUUGAGGCUAGAAGACAACAGUCUACUGCACCACUAUUUAGAAAUCAAGAGUUUUCUUACAGUACCUCAGAGUUUAGUCAAAAUAAUGACACUUUGCCCCAUUGAGACAUUGAGGAGAAAAGGGUUAGCUAUGCUGCAGUUGUAUAUAAACAAGUUGGAUUCACAAGGCAAACAUACAUUAUUUAGGUGCUUAUUGAAUACAAGUAAUCACUCAGGUGUGGAGGCCUUUAUUAUUCAAAAUAUCAAAAAUCAAACCGAUUUGUCUUUAAAGACACCAUCUAACAGUAAGUGGUUUACUGGACCACAAUUGAUAUCGCUUCUAGAUUUGGUACUCCUUCUUCCAGAGGGUGCUGAAACAGAUCUUCUGCAAAACUCAGAUAGGAUAAUGGCUUCAUUAAAUUUAUUGAGGUAUUUGGUUAUCAAAGAUAAUGAAAAAGACAAUCAAACUGGAUUAUGGACAGAACUUGGAAAAAUUGAAAAUAACUUCUUAAAGCCACUCCACACAGGACUGAAUAUGUCAAAAGCACAUUAUGAAGCAGAAAUUAAAAACAGCCAAGAAAAUAACCAAGAAGUUCAGGAGUGUAAAAAUCUUUGCUCUGUAACUGUGGGUGGAGAAGAGAUCCCUAAUAUGCCUCCUGAAAUGCAGCUUAAGGUUCUGCAUUCAGCUCUAUACACAUUUGAUUUGAUUGAAAGCGUUCUGGCUCGAGUAGAAGAACUCAUUGAAAUAAAAACAAAGUUCACCUCUGAAGAAAAUAUUGGGCUAAAAUGAAAGCGUCACUCCCGUAAAUAAAAACUAGUAAAAUACUGUUUUUUCAUUAUAAAUUAUUUGAUACCUUUUAUGAGUCUUUUUCCUAUUCUUGCUAGAAAAGUCAAUGUAAAUUUUUUCAUCUAUUUAUGUAUUAACACAUUAUGGAUCAGUAGUAGUCUUUGGUUUUUAAAAGUUAUCUAUAUGGUAAACAGUGUCCCUAUAUGUAGUUUAAAUACUGAUGAAAAUCCAAACUAAUAAUUUCCCUCUCCUUCCUCCCUGCCUCAGGAGUUUAAGGGGGACAGAAUUCUAGCCCUACAUCUUCAACUAUAGUUACAGUAUGAAAGCUUGGGGCCAGAACGAUGGUACAACAGAACGGGGGCUUGCCUUGCAUGUGGCUAACCUGGGUUCAAUCCCUGAUAUCCCAUGUGGUCCCCCAGCACUGCCAGGAGUAAUUCCUGAGUGCAGAGCCAGGAAUAACCCCUGAACAUCACUAGUGUCACUCCCCCUCCCUGCAAAAAAAAAAACAAUAUGAAAACAUCUGCAAAAAUAAUAAAUACUAGCUGCCCCUGUGGAAAAGCUAUACAAUAUGUAUGACUUUUUCUUUCAUUGAAGGGGCUACUUAGAAAAUGCUGUAUUUUUAUUUACUAGUAAGUCAGUCCAUCCUAAUAAGUUGAUCCAACUUAAUUUGGAUCUUAGGAAAUUGUGCUGAGUUUUAUUAUGUACCAAUUUGAAAAGAAAUCACCCAGCAAAAUCCUGAAAAUAAAAACCACUUUUAAUUGUAUACAUUCUACUAUAGAUUUUUAAAAAUCCUUUUUAUUUGAACAUUAUAAUUUAACUUACUUAACCAUUUCAGUAUCCUAAAAGAACAUUUGUAAUUGGUAUUCUAAUUUGGAUUAAAUGACUCACUACUCAGUUUUAGCUUUUGAAGUGUUUUCCAAACAGGACUUUGCUCAAUGAUAUAUGCUUUGGUUGUUGACAUUCUGUAGCAGAUGGUAUCUAUAAAUUGUUUGGAGGUGAUCUGGAAGAAAAUUGAAAUGUGCAACAGUAUUCAAAGAAAUAAAGUAUUUUUAGGGGAUCACAUCAGCAGUCACCUAGCUUUUCUUUUUUCCUUUGGGGAUGGCACACCCAGUGGCGCUCAGGGGUUAUUCCUGACUCUGUAUUCAGGAAUCACUCCUUGCAUGGAUUGGGGACCGUAUGGAACGCUGGGGAUUGAACAGGCAAGGCAAAUGCAUGCAAGGCAAAUGCCCUACUUGCUGUAUUCUCUCCCCAGCCCUGUAGCUUUUCCUUAUUCAAAAAAUCUAAGUAUCUUUCUAGGUUCUAGAUACUAAAUGAGAUUAGAGUAUGAGUUAGUAGAGGAAUUACCUGAGUUUUUAGAAUAGUAGGAAAAUACAUCGUUUCUGUCUUUACCUAAUUUCAGAUGCACAAACUAAAGAUCCAUAUACCAUAACAACUGCUUCAAUGGAAUUUUUUUCCAAGUGCAGAAUUAAGAACACUUCUCUCUGCUGUGGGAAGUUGGCACACUUAGGUCAAGCAUAAAAAGGUGAACAAUUGUGAAGAACCUUCUAUAAAACAAUAUGCCUAUACUCUGGCAGUUCACAACUACAGUCUGGUCAAUACAUACACUAUAAACAGCAUUUCUCAGCCAAGACCACAGGUAAAAACUAUAUAAAUGAGGGCUACAGCACCAGACCAGGGACAACUGAUAGGACAGGAAGGCCACAGAAAGAAAAGGUCAGAAGUGGAGCACUGUAAAAAGGAGAAAUGCUGCUUUAGUCUUUGGAGGAAGAUUUAAGUAACCGUUUGAGUCUUCAACCCAAUGCAUAGAGAAUUAAAUUCACUUUUGGCUCAAGAAGAGUCUUUUUUUUUUUUAAUUAGUGAAUCACCAUGAGUUACAGUUACAAACUUAGGAGCUUUCAUGUUUGCAUUUUCUUUCCAUCCCUCCACCAGUGCCCAGUCCCUCCCACCCUCCCACCCCAUCCCCCCAGCCCCCCCCACCCCACCUCUGUGGCAGGGCAUUCCCUUUUGAUCUCUCUCUCCUUUUGGGUACUGUGGUUUGCAACAGAGGCACUGAGUGGCCAUCGUGUUUGGUCUAUAUUCUAUUUUCAGUGCGCAUCUCCCAUCCCGUGUGGGUCCUCAAACCACAUUUUACCUGGUGUUCCCUUCUCUAUCUGUGCUGUCCCUUCCUCCAGCGUGUGAGACCAGCUUCCAAGCCUUGGAGCCAACCUCCUGGUACCUAUCUCUACUACUCUUGGGUGUUAGUCUCCUAUUCUGUUAUUUUAUAUUCCACAGAUGAGUGCAAUCUUUCUAUAUCUGUCUCUCUCUUUCUGAAGUUAUUUUUAAUAGUAGCUAUAGAGAGUUAAUGAAGAUGACUUCAGAGGCUGAGUUCGGGCUUCAGAAUGAGUUGUAUACUCAAACAGCAAUUGAAACAGAGUAUUUGUCAUUCCUGUUAGAGAGGGUGUGGAUCUUUAAAUCUAAAUUAAGCCUAACUCUUAAACAGUGAUAUGGCCAGACAGAUAGUAUAGUGUUAGGGCACUUGCCUUGCACACAGCUCACAGCACAUGGGUUCAGUUCCUGGCACCCUGUAUGCUUCCCUAAGCCAACCAGGAGUGACCUUUGGUGAAGAGCCAGGAAUAAGUCCUGAACACAGCGGGUGUGGCCAAAAUACAAACAAACAAAAAAUAUUACAGUGUCAGGUUGGAGUGACAGUAGUGUGGGUAAGGCACUUGCACUUGCCUUGCACAUGGCUGACUCAGUUUCAACUCCUGACACCCCAGAUGGUCCCUGGAGUAAGCUCUGGGCACAGCUGGCUGUGGCCCAAAAAACAAAAAUAAAUCAUCUUACAUUGUAUAUAAAUAUGUCAUUUCCCUCAAGUAACUCACCUUAGCUAUAGUGCACAUAAGAUUAAUGGCAUUUGCUGCGUUAUGUACUGGAAGUAUCCAUAAGUUGCUACCCAGGAAUCUGGAAAAAUAUUCAUCAGUUAAAGAAAUCAUACAACUUACAUCUAUUAUUUUGAAAAAUUGGAAAGAAAAGAACCUCUUAAUAUGCUAUUUGCUUACUCGUUUAUGUCAUUUAUGUCCUGCUUUAUUCUCACAGAAAAUCUGAUGUUGGCUUUAGAGCCAGACUGAAAAAUGUUCUGGUUUGUCUAUUAGAAGCGCCUAUAAAUUUGCAUAAACCCUGAAACUUGUCACAAUGAUCCAGAUUAGCCUUUGGCUUGCGUUUCAUUAUGACAUGUUCAUAUGCCAAAUUUUAUCUUUGGCAAAAUAAAGCUCACCUUCCUAAAGAAAUCAGAGCUCAAAUAAAAUAUAAUUUAAGAAAAAUAAGUCUAUAAUGUUAUUCUCCCAUACCUCUGCUGAAUCCUGAACAUCAGUUUCCAUUCCUCGGGUCCAUGGAGUGAAGCAGACAGAACCAAAAAACUAUUUUGGUGAGUGUUAAUAAACUUCUCAAUUUUGGCUAGAUAUAUUUCUUCAGCUAAUGUAAAACAUUCUUUAGUAUCCAUCAAUAAAAAUGCAACUCCUAGAAAAAGUAAAUUGUAAAAAAAAAAAAUACAUCUCAAAAUAUUUUAAAUUCAGUAAAAUCAGCAAAAAUAGCUACAGAUAUAGUCAUCAAUGUCAAAAUAGUUCUCUCAAAUGACAUGUAUAAAGGGGUAACUUUAUAUAUCACUAAAUAUCAAAAAAUGAUUUUGCAUGAAUAAGCAUUUUUUCCAAGUAAAGAUGUGCCUAAUUGUAAUUCUGAUGAACAAAUGUAAUUAUUAUUCUUAUGAAUUAAUUGUAUCAUUAAAUAUAUUAAUAUAGCAAAUAAUAUCAAUGUAUUUAUAUAACAAAAGUUAUUGGGGCAGGUACCAGAGUUGAACUUGGGGCUUAACACAUGGAAGACUUGCACUCCAGUCUUCUGAGAUAGUCUAUAUAUUCAAAGUUAAUUUUCCAUAUUAUAAUGAUAUUUAAGUUGGAAUAACUAAAGUUAGACUUAAGCCUUUAAUAACUCCUUGCAGAACUCUUUCUAAUAGAACAUAAAAUAUAAAUCAAUACACUUAGUAAAUAAAGUGGCCAAAGCACAAAAUAGGUAUUCACAAAAAAUGGUUGAGGGGGUCUCCUAAACCACAAUGAAGAGAGUUAACAUUGAACCACUUGCAACCUGGCAGUCUAUUUCCAGAUUUUGAAAGUGCUGUUUCUUCGAAGAUCUCUGCUAGACUAUUUGUAAUCCUCCUGAUAAAAAUCCUUCAUGUGGGGCUGGAGCAAUAGCACAGUGGAUAGGGCAUUUGCCUUGCACGUGGCCGACCCGGUUUCGAUUCCCAGCAUCCCAUAUGGUCCCCUGAGCACUGACAGGGGUGAUUCCUGAGUGCAGAGCCAGGAGUAACCCCUAUGCAUCGCCAGGUAUGACCCCCUCCCCGCCCCCCCUCCCCCCCCCCCCGCAAAAAAAUCCUUCAUGUAGGUCUCUUCAAUCAUGUCUGUCUUUCCCAAGAACAGGUAGAACAGGCUGCUUCCCAUGUCCUGGCCCUCUCAUUCUUAAUCUAAUUCUUUAUUUUGUCCAUGACUCACCAAAGUGAGUUUAAAGAUUUCAGGAGCAGUAUUUGUGACCAUAGGGUUCUUUUAGUUUUAUAUAUGCUGUCUCCAGCAAAAUGAUAAAGAUAUUCUAUGUCCCUUAUGGACUUUUACCACUGAAUAUUGUAGUGUUGGCCUCUGUUAAUAUAAGCAGUAUUCUAAUGUCAAAGUAUUGAUUCUCAAGGAAGUGUGGUCUGGCUAUAUUUUCAUUGUAGUUCCAAUGGAAGCAAUUUUUAUCAUUCUCUACUAGAUCUCCCCAAUUCAAUUCUAUUUCAGCAUCUAAACUAGAAUGGACUAUAUUUUCUAACUAACCAUAUAUACUGCUUCUGCAGCAGUAAUGAAGUUUCAUACAUUUCUCACUCCCAAAAGAUGACCACCAUAAGCUUAUUACUUGGUUACUAAAUAUUAAAUGUAAUAUUUAAUAAAUUUAAAAUUGGAUAUAUAUGUACGUGCAUGCACUUGUAUGUGUCUGUGUGUGCCUGUGUAUAGAUACAUAGUGGCACAUUCCCGGCUCUGUGCUAAGUGAUUGUUUCUGGCAGUGCUCAGGAACCAUACACAGUUCUGGGGAUCAAACCUGUCCAACCACAUGCAAAAGACGUGGCUUACCUCCUGUACUUUCUCCAGCCCAGUACCCAUAUGCUUUUUAAAAAACUUAAAGCUAAUAUACUGUACCAGAAAGAGAAAAUAUAACUGAUCCAUUUUCCACUGAAUCUGAGUAUCGAACUUUGUGGCCUCGAUUUUCUAUGGCAGUUGCAACUUCAUAAUUCUUUAAAAAAAAAUCAGAAAUACAUACUUAACACACACAUUAGGUUUUUAUAGGUAAUAAAAACUUAAUAACUUUUUAAUGAGACUAUUUAAAUGCUGGAAUGACAGCACAACGGGUAGGGCAUUUGCCUUGCACACGGCCAACCUGGGUUCAAUUCCCAGCAUCCCAUAUGGUCCCCGAGCACCACCAGGAGUAAUUCCUGAGUGCAGAGCCAGGAGUAACCCCUGUGCAUCACCAGAUGUGACCCAAAAAGAAAAAAAAUCAUUCAAUGUGUUCUUUACAAUUAAAAAUAUGUAGUUCUAUUACUAAUCUUAGAUUUGAAAAAUGAGCUGUAAAUAUAUGUUACUUAUAGAAAUUAGGACACUAUUAAAGAACAAAAUGAUAAGAGCCUGAGUAAACACAAACUUCCUUUUAAAGAACAAUUGGACAUAGAUCCCAGGGGCAUUAAUCUAUAUCUGGAAGUUGGAAUGGUGUCUUUCUAUAACAACUGAGAAAAUCAUAAAGUGCCAGAUACAUGAUACUGCACAGGAGACCACUCUAAUUCUCUAAUUCAUUUGCUUCAUAUUGUAAUUACUUUUAGUAUACUUCCAAAUGUCUUAAACUAGAUAGAAAACAUGUAUGAAGAUAGAAAACAUAUGAAGACAACAAAAGGAUAGUUGACUUACGUGCUGUAUUUCUUUAUCACAUGAGCAAUUUCAUCUUUUAACUCAGGACACUAACUUCUUGAGAUUUUUGUUUUGGGCCACACCUGGCAAUGUUAGGGGUUACUCUUGGCUCUGCACUCAGGACAGUGCUCAGGGGACCAUAUGGGAUUCCAGGGAUCGAAUCCAAGACACUUUUUUUCCUUUUUGGGUCACACCCAGCGAUGCUCAGGUGUUACUCCUGGCUCUGCACUUAGAAAUUACUCCUGGCAUUGCUCCAGCCCCAAGACACCAACUUCUAAGCAGUUUAAGAGUGUUUCCUGGAGCUGGAGCAGUAGUACAGUACGCAGGGUGCUUGCUUUGCACACGGCCAACCCAGGUUUCAUCCCUGGUACCGCAUAUGGCCCCCAAGCCCCAUCAGGAGUGACCCCUAAGAGCAGAGCCAGGAGUAAAGCACUGAGCACCUCCAGGUGUGGCCCAACAAAUAAAAAACAAAAAUAAAGAGUUUCUUGAUUGGUUAAAGUUCAAGAUUAUUAAGUUUCAUUAGCACUGUUAGUACAGUCGUCCUGUUGUUCAUCGAUUUGCUCAAGUGGGCACCAGUAAUGACUCCAUUGUGAAACUUGUUGUUUUUAGCAUAUUGAAAACGCCACGGCAAGCUUGCCAGGCUCAGUCAUGUGGGCGGGAUACUCUUGGUAGCUUGCCGGGCUCUGUGAGAGGGACGGAGGAAUCAAACCCGGGUUGGCCACGUAUAAGGUGAAUGCCAUACCCGUUGUGCUAUCGCUCCAGUCCAUGUAGAUACAAAUGCAUUAGCUAUAUUCAAUUUAAUAUUCUGCCUCAGAGCACUUAAAAUUUAACUGCCCUGUCUGGAAUUAUGUAUUAAGUAUAUGCCUCAUCUUAAAAAAAUAUUGUGUGUCACUAAAACAAAUCCUGACAUACAAUUUAACUGUCUUUUACUAUGAGCUUUUUCCUGUAGUUUUAAAUUUUUACAGUAUUUCCAGCAAUGGCAGACUAAGUAAUUUAGGUAAUGCACCUGCUGACAACUAGAUUAGCUAGACAAUUCUAAAAAUGUGUUGAAUGUAUCACAGAGUUAGCUAGUUUCUAGAAAAUUACAAAGCCAGUAUCUAAACAUAAUUUCAAAGAUGCAUGUCCAGCAUUUAGGCCAUUUCUUCCCUGAGGGCAUCUGCCAUUUCAGGAAACAGCAGAUGAGAGGCUGAAUAGAGCUUUUGACAAAAGUAGAACAUCUCUCAUAGGGUCUGCAGGCUUGCAUCAAACCAUUUUAAUCCAUAAAAUUAUAUUAAGAUGAUACUAAAUUACUCCCAACCACCUUGCAGACGAACUUCCUGGAGCAAUCUUUCUCAACCAGAUCUCCUCAUCUGAAUGACAGAAUAAAGAAAAUAGAUGAUUUCAACUUUCUCCUAAAUAGUAUUUUAGAUAUAGAGGAGACAAGUCUAUUUACUUUAUACAAUUUACUACAUACAAUAGGUACACCUGGAGGUGCUCAAUGCUUUACUCCUGGCUCUGCUCUUGGACAUAUGGGGGCUGGAUAGAGAGUACAGGUGCUUAUCUUGCAGGCAGCAGACACAGGUUCGAUUCCCAGCAUCCCAUAUGUUCUCCCAGGCCCAGUAGGAGUGAUUCCUGAGUGAGAACCAAGGAGUAACCCUGAGCACCACUGAGUGUGGCCCAACUACCCACCCCCCUGCCAAAAACAGAUGUAUUACUCUUACAUUGCCAUAUUUAACAAAUAUACAGAACACCUAUUUAAAUUUGAAUUUCAGAUAAGUAACAGUAGUUUAAGUAUGUCCUAUGCUAUAUUUAGAAUAUACUUACACUAAAUUGUUUAUCUGAAACUGAAAUGCAAGUACUGUACUUACUUAAAUCAGGCAACUAUACUUGCAUUAUUAGGGGUUUGACGGCCAAACUUAAAGCUUUUCUGGAGGAAUGGAGGAACAGAACACAAUUACAGAUCUCAAAUUCACUGUAUCACUGUCACUGCCAUCCCGUUGCUCAUCGGAUUUGCUUGAGCAGGCACCAGUAAUGUCUCCAUUAUGGGACUUCUUGUUACUGUUUUUGGCAUAUUGAAUACGCCAGGGGUAGUUUGCCAGGCUCUGCUGUGCGGGCAAGAUACUCUCGGUAGCUUGCUGGGCUCCAAAAGGGGUGGAGGAAUUGAACCCGGAUCAGCCAAGUGCAAGGCAAACGCUCUACCCGCUGCACUAAUAUGUCUCAAAUUAUUUCUACAUAUUUUCAAAUACAAAUUCCAAUAUACAAUAAAAACCAGAGACAUUACAUGAAAGAGAACUAUCAGGAAACAUGCAAUAGAAAUAACCUCAUAUGGGGAUCCAUAUUGUGAGGCUAUCAGAUGCACACUUUAAAACAGGCAUGUUUACUAUUUUCAGGCAAAUUAAGAAUUUCAUUUUCAGGUAGAAAUCUUACCAAAAGAGCUGCAAGGGGGCCAAAGUACAUGGGUUUAGGUACUUUUCCUUGCUUGCAACCACUUCAGUUCAGUACCUGGUACCACAUAUGGUCCUUUCAAGCACUAUCAGGAAUGACCCGUCAGGGUAACACAAAAACAAAACAAAAAACAAGCAAAAACUUGCAAAGAACUACACGGGCCUUGGAAAUAACCCAAGUGGAAGAGAACAUGUUCAACAUGUUCAGGGCUGUGAGUUGGAUUCCAAAUGCCACAUAGCCCUCUGAUGAACCUCUAAUGAACCCUCAUGCCUAUGCCAGUCUCACAGGGAGUGUCCUGCCCCCACUAGACACUUCUCCAAAGAGGACAUGUGAAAAAAGUGUUCAGAAUCACUUGUUAGGGAAAUGCAAGUCAAAAUGGCAAUGACUUAUCUCAUACCCGUAACAAUGACAUAUCAUUUUACUUGUUAAAUGAGAUUGCUGUCUGAUUCAUGAAACAUUUAAUAAAACCACUUAGACCUCUUAAAAAUGACAUCUCAAAAAGACAAGAAACAAUCAGGGAUUGUCAGGGAUGAGGUGAAAAAAACAACCUCUCACUGUUGAUAGAAAUGUCAUCUGGUUCAGCCUUUAUAGGAAUCAGUAUGAAGACUUCUCAUAAAACUAAGAAUAGAAUUUACCUAUGACCCUGUGAUCCCACUUCUUAGCAUCUAUCCCAAGGGCACAAAAUAAUUAAAAAGAAAACCUUAUGCCCACCUAUGUAUAGUGCAGCAUUAAGUGCAACAGCCAGGAUAUGAAAAUAACUCAAGGGGCCAGAGCGAUAGCACAGCGGGUAGGGCGUUUGCCUUGCACGCGGCCGACCCCGGUUCGAUCCCCAGCAUCCCAUAUGGUCCCCCAAGCACGGCCAGGAGUAAUUCCUGAGUGCAAAGCCAGGAGUAACCCCUGAGCAUCGCUGGGUGUGACGCGCAAAAAAAAAAAAAAAAAGAACUCAAAUGCUCAACAAUCAAUGAAUGGGUAAGUUGUAGUACAUAGAUAUAAUGGAAUAGACAAUGGAAUCAAAUAUAGAUAGCAGAAAUAAAAAAUCUUGUACUUUGCUGCAACUUAAAAGUAACUGGAGGGCAUCAUGUUAAGUCUGAGAAAAGGGAACAAAUACCAGAUGAUCUCAUUCAUCUCUCAUACAGAGAAACAAAAUAAAGGUAUAGACAAGAUCAAAUGAGACUGAGUACAUUUGGCCUUAGUUACAAAACUGAGGCAGGUCAGGGUUUACAGGGGAAAAGGUAAGAGGAAGACUAGAUAUGUGCACAGGGAUGGUGACGGAGAAUCUUGGCUGGAAGUGAUGGUAUAGUAGUACUGUUCAUUAAAACCAUGAAAAUAAUAUUAUAGUGUUACAAAUAAUACAAUUUUAUUUGUGGUAGUGAUGGCAUAGUAACUGUUUUAAAAAAUCAAAACCAUGUAAAUAAUACUAUUGUAGUCAUAUUACCUGUUGUACCUGUUGUAAUUUUUAUAAUAGAAGCUAUAAUAAAAAUUUUAAAGCAU